AUGGCCAGUGUAAACCACACCAUGGUGCAUGAAUUUAUCUUUCUGGGCUUUGCUGGCUCUCCAGAGCUGCAUAUCCUCCUCUUCAUAUUCUUCCUAGUGGUCUACCUCAUCACCCUCGUGGGAAAUCUUGGGAUGAUCCUCUUAAUCAGGACUGACUCCCGGCUUCACACCCCCAUGUACUUCUUUCUCAGCAACUUGUCCUUUGUGGACCUCUGCUAUUCUUCAGUUGUCACCCCUAAGAUGUUGAUGGAUUUUGUUGCAGGGAGCAAAAUGAUUUCCUUGCCCGGGUGUGCAGCACAGAUGUGGUUCUUUGGCUUCUUUUUGGGUGUCGAAUGUUACCUUUUGGCUUCAAUGGCCUAUGAUCGGUAUGUGGCCAUUUCUAACCCACUGUUGUAUAAGGUCAUCAUGUCUAGGAAAGUUUGUCUCCAGCUGCUGGCUGGCCCCUAUUGUGUGGGGCUACUAAAUGGCAUUACACACACAGCCUUAACUUUCCAGUUAACCUUCUGUCAGUUCAAGAUCAAUCACUUCUUCUGUGACAUCCCUGCAGUGAUAUCGCUCUCCUGCUCAGACACACAUAUCAACAAGUUAGUGCUCUUUGCCAUGUCCUGCACACUGGGCACUCUCAGCAGUUCUCUUGUCGUCAUCUCCUACAUCUACAUCCUCGCUGCCAUCCUGAGGAUCCGCUCUGCAGAGGGCCGGCGUAAGACUUUCUCUACCUGCUUCUCCCACCUCACCACCGUUUCCAUCUUUUUCGGGACCCUCUUCUUUAUCUAUGUGGUACAGCCCAGCAACAGCUUCUCAGAAGAUCAGGACAAGAUGGUCUCCAUGUUCUACACAGUUGUGAUUCCAAUGUUGAAUCCCUUGAUCUACAGUGUAAAGAACAAAGAAGUGAAAGAUGCUGUAAAGAGAGUAAUCAGGAGAAAGGGGUUCCUAUGA